AUGGCAGCCCCCGACUCGUGGCUGAAGAUCCUCGAUCGUCUCGACCUCCAUCUCCGCGCAUACGAGGAUGAAGGCAUUUCGGACGAAGCAGAUCCAAAGCCAAGGUGCAAGAGAUUCACAAGGGCCCUGGAGGACGUCUGCACUGUUGUCCGUGACGCGGAGCGCAAGGGAUGCUCGGAUCUCCCACAGCUCGUUGAGAAGGCGCAGCAAGUGCUCAGCGAUGCUCUUCGGUACGCAUACAGCGAAGAAUCCGGUUUCUCGUCUCUGUCUUCCUUUGCCCAUUCGGAGGAUGAACCAUUGGUGGAGGAUGCGCUGGAUUACGCCGGCUCUGAUAUCCUCGACGCGUUCAUGAGCUUAUACCGCCUGAUGCACCCUGGUGCCUCGGCUCCAAAGCUCCCUGCAUUCGCCAAAAUGCCUUCCUGGGUCAAGUCGCCCCACCCUCAUCCUCUCACAACACGUCUGUCACGGUUCCGCGGUGGCUUUUCGCCCAGCGCUAGCAGUGCAACUCCCUUAGCGCAUACAAUCUACCAAGCCCGUGCUCAGCUGACGGUCGACUCUAUUGCAUCAGCUCCGUCCGAUAUGUCAAUAUCGUCUGGAGGUUCAAUAUUGGCUCUGUCCAUCGGAAGCGGCUGGAAGGCUCGCGACCCACAUCUGCAGUAUUACCUACUGGGCGAACAAUCCAAGGACUACCUCCAGAGUGCCGAUAUGGAAACAGGACUCUCGAGCGUCGCUGAUUUUAUCGUGACUGACGAAUCGCGCAAACUCGUCUUCCUUGCAGACCCCGACCGCGUCAAGUCGUUCUCUUUCGCUCCCAACCCCGCUACCGGCAAGACCCCUCGUCAUCUACCGACAGUCCACACGUUGGAUUCAGAGCGCGCGUUUAACGGUCCUAUCCUCGUCCUCCCGAAUGGCCGCCUCGCACGUACCGCGCACGGUCGUGCCGCCAUCUGGAACCUUGACGAGCUCGAGACGCAGAGCGUCCCGACCACCUCAAUGUCGUUCGGAGAAGAUGAUCUCACCCCCAGCGUCCUCCACCUGCACCAGCCAACACAACAUGUGCUGUACGGCACCCAUGACGAAGCGGGCGGGAGGUUCGCAUGCGCUAUGGUAGACAUGGAGGCCGGCGGACGGCGGAUCACACGCUUCCUGGGGCACGGCGGGGACGUGGAGCGUAUCUCGACGGAUGAGGGGAGCCCGAACUUGUUCGUCACGGCUUCAAACGACGGCUAUGCGCGCAUCUUCGACGUGCGUCAUCCGUUGCCUGUCCUUACGUUCAGCGUGGAGCAGCAGCGCCAAGCAUGCGCGGACGUCGUGCUGGUCCAUCCCAACGGUGUCCCUACGUUGUUCACUGGCGGUGCGCGCUCACAUCAAGUCAAACUCUGGGAUAUCCGCGCCGAAGAGUGCGUUUACGAGCUCUCCACUGGCAACAACGAAGUCACCGGGCUCGCUUGGGACUCGGCUCGGUCCUCGCUCUUCGUCGCAACCGAGUGCACUUAUGUUGAUCGCAUGGGCACUCGCCUGGACUAUCGCCGGGCGCGUGUUCCGCACUGGGCCAGCUGGAAGGCUGUCAACGCCGAGUUCAAGACCUAUCGGGAGGCGGUCAAGCGCGGAGAAGUGAUACCUGAGAGUACUGGCCAAAACGAGUACCCUGAUGUGUAUGACGACUACUUGAGUGACGGCGACGGCAGUGAAGAGACGGAACUCGAAGAUGAGGAGGACGAUGUGGAUGAGGAGUACUCGGCGGACAUGCGGUGGCCGAAGAGGACUUUCCACAAGGAGAACUUCUUUGGCUACGCUUACGACGCUGGGGAACAUGUGCUUUUCCGCUGGCAGUACAAAGACCUCCCUGACAUCUCGCAGCUGCCUGCAAGCACUGGCUUCGACUGA